AUGGAUUCAUCGCCACCGAACACUAUCAUCGAGGAGGCGCCGCCGCGUUUCUCUGAACUCAAACCUCCGCUCUCAGAAGAUAUCAUCGAGGCGCUUGACCGGUCCGGUUUCGAGGUCUGCACUCCGGUUCAGGCCGAGACGAUCCCUUUCCUCUGCAGCCACAAGGAUGUUGUCGUCGACGCAGCCACUGGUUCUGGAAAAACCCUAGCUUUCCUCCUUCCCUUCAUAGAGAUUAUCCGUCGAUCCAACUCCUACCCUCCGAAGCCACACCAGGUAAUGGGGGUGAUUAUAUCGCCAACGAGAGAGCUAUCAGCGCAGAUACAUAAGGUGGCAAGAGCCGUUCGUCUCGACUUUGCCAAAUGUCGAGAGGUGGAAGCUGACAUGAAUACUCUCGAAGAAGAAGGAGCCAAUCUCUUGAUCGGCACCCCUGGAAGGCUUUCAGAUAUGAUGAAACGAAUGGAGUUUCUGGAUUUUCGAAAUCUCGAGAUUCUUAUCUUAGAUGAGGCCGAUAGACUUUUGGAUAUGGGGUUCCAGAAGCAGGUCAAUUACAUUAUAUCUCGCUUGCCAAAGCAACGUAGGACUGGCCUCUUUUCAGCUACACAAACACAAGCUGUUGCAGACCUGGCCAAGGCUGGCCUUAGGAAUCCUUAUUUGAAAUGCGAAGCAGAUCAAAAGUCAUCUCAACUAGUGCAUCUCCUGAUCGAGAACAAAAAUAAAAAGCUUGUCGUAUUCUUCAUGACAUGUGCUUGUGUUGAUUACUGGGGACUCGUAAUUUCAAAAAUUCCUAGCCUCAAGUCCAUUUCCUUCUUUCCCACCCAUGGGAAGAUGGAUCAGAAAGGUAGAGACACGGCAUUAGCUUCGUUUACAGAGGCAUCAAGCGGUGUCCUUCUAUGCACAGAUGUCGCUGCACGUGGACUUGACAUUCCAGGCAUCGUUUACAUACGUUCACUAGCCAUCAAGGACCGGGAAGUGUUGGAGAAGGGAUUAAAGGCAUUUGUUUCCUUUGUCCGUGCUUAUAAGGAGCAUCAAUGCUCUUACAUUUUCAGUUGGAAAGGACUUGAAAUCGGAAAGUUAGCCAUGGGAUAUGGCAUCUUGUCUUUUCCUUACAUAUCUGAAGUUAAACAAGACAGAAUUGGCAUUGUCGGUUUUACACCUGUCCAAGGCAUCACGUUUGAGGACAUAAAAUUCAAGAACAAAUCUCGGGAGAAACAAAGGCAGCAAAACUUAUUAGCAAGGAAAGACAAACUGCAACAAGAAAAGAGAGGGAAACGCAAGAAAAGCUCCAAAGAGGCGGUUGAUGAUUCUAACAAAGCGUCGAGAAAGAGAAAGUUAACGGGGAGGCAAAGACAAACUAUCCAAACAGCUCAAGAUGAAGAAGAAAUGAAUUUGAGAUUAUAGCUUACUGAAAAAACUGAAGAAAGGUUCAAUUACAGAAGAUGAUUUUGCUAAACUUACAGGAGCUCAUGAUUUUGUCUGAUAAAGAAGCAAGAAAACCUUUCAGGCUUGUUGGACUAGAGCAGUAGAGAUGUGAAGGUUGACGACUAUUUAAUAUAAUAGAGAAUUAUAC